AUGGGCUUUUCUUCUGCUCUUCUUUUCGCUUUUUUCGGGUCGGCGGCUCUCGCUGCUCCACAAGCCUCUUGCCCAUCAGGCUUCACUUACACUGUCGCCUUGGAUACUUGUUUGAGCUCUUCGACACAAUACGGUACGUGGGCUCAGGCGAAUCUUUUCUGCUCGCAACAUCAAUCGAGCCUACUCUCGAUUCACGAUGAUGACACCAACGCGCAGUUCGCCCGUCUUGUCUUCGCGCUGAGCGGCGAUCAUCGAAGCUGGCUGGGCCUGCAAAAGGAUGCAAAGGGAGACUACGCGUGGACCGAUGGAACACCAUUGGAUUAUCAGAAUUUUCGAGCAGUCGGAUCGGGCGACUGUUUCUACCUGGAGUCAAUGGGUUCCUAUUGGGCAAAAGCCGAUUGCACCGUUCAACUCACGUACUACUGCUCGACCACACCGCAU